ACGAGACAUACGAGCCGUCCUCGCCUGUUCUUCUCCUCCGCGAUUCCGAUGCCCUCGUCCUACCUCUCCCCGCCGCUCCCCCCGCGGCCCCGGCCCCUCCGCCGCCUCCACCUCGCCGUCGUCGGCGCUGGCCCGGCCGGCCUCGCCGCCGCGCGCGAGCUCCGGCGCGAGGGCCAUGGCGUCGUCGUCUUCGAGCGCGGCACGUCCGUCGGCGGCACCUGGGUCUACUCCCCCGCCGCCGAGCCCGACCCCCUCGGCCUCGACCCCUCCCGCCCCCUCGUCUACACCAGCCUCUACGCCUCCCUCCGCACCAACCUCCCCCGCGAGUCCAUGGGCUUCCUCGACUACCCCUUCUCCUCCGCCGCCGCCGCCGCCGCCGACCCCCGCCGCUUCCCCGGCCACCAGGAGGUGCUCCGCUACCUCGAGCGCUUCGCCCGCCAAUUCGAUUUGUGCGAAUUGGUCAGGUUUGGGACCGAGGUGGUGCGGGUGGAGAGGGACGAGGGAGGGGGUUGGGAGGUGAGGUCGAGGAGGGUCGGCAAUGGCGAUGGGGGCGACGAGAGGGAGUUUUACGAUGGGGUUGUGGUGUGUAACGGGCAUUACACCGAGCCUCGGAUUGCGGAGAUUCCAGGAAUUGAUGCUUGGCCCGGGAGGCAACUGCAUAGCCACAAUUACCGUGUCCCUGAGCCAUUUGUUGACCAAGUCGUGGUUAUAAUUGGGAGCUCAGCUAGUGCAGUUGAUAUUUCGAGGGACAUCGCUAGAUUUGCCAAAGAAGUUCACAUUGCAAGUCGAUCGGCAGCCACUGGAACUCCCAUGAAGCAGCCUGGCUAUGACACUAUGUGGCUUCACUCUAUGAUUAAGAGCACCCACAAAGAUGGCACUGUCGUAUUUGAAGAUGGCAGUUCAGUCAAGGUUGAUGUCAUUAUGCAUUCUAUCAGAUAUAAAUAUCAUUUCCCUUUCCUCGAGAUGAACGGUAUAGUGACUGUUGAUGACAACCGUGUUGGACCACUCUACAAGCAUGUUUUCCCACCAGAGCUCGCCCCAUUCCUCUCCUUCAUUGGAAUACCAUGGAAGGUGAUUCCUUUCCCUAUGCUUGAACUUCAGAGCAAGUGGGUAGCAGGUAUUCUAUCAGGACGAAUAGAACUACCGACAAAAGAGGAAAUGUUGGCAGAUGUGAACGCCUUUUACUUAGAGAUGGAAGUUGCUGGAUGGCCUAAAAGAUACACGCAUAACUUUGCAAACAUUCAGUUUGAGUAUGAUGAUUGGCUUGCAAAUCAAUGUGGAUGUCCACCGGUCGAAGAGUGGAGGAAGCAGAUGUACGCGGCAACAGGGAAAAACCGAGUUAGCCGCCCAGAGAACUACCGGGAUGUGUGGGAUGAUGAUGAUUUAGUCGCCCAAGCAAAUGAAGAUUUUCAAAAAAUUUUAUGACAAUCUUCCUUUUUCUGUUCCUCUUGAACUAUUUAUCUAUCUUUUAUCAGAUCUUAGCAUAAUUGGAUCGGACGGGUAUAAAUUUCGGAAAUAAGCUAUUGUAUCAAUACAUUUGUUUUAUCGGAGACAAUUGAAUAACACCGAUCUCGCUCCACUCGGUGGAGAAUUUGACCUGUGAAAUAAAACAGCUUUUUGUGUUUCUAUUAUUGUAAUAA